GACAAGACUAGCUUAGCAACGCAGAUGCAUAAAAACCUGUGGCACAGACGCUAGUACAAGCAAAAACCUCAAAAAGUCCCAAACUUUGUACCUCAAAAAGUCACAAAAUCAAGAACUCUUUAACUGGGAUUGAAAUGGGCAGGUCCCUAGUGUUUUCCACUAACAUUCCCCUUGAAUUUUCUCAGAACCCCAGAUCAUUUUCACUCUUACAUCACUCAAAACUUUGUUUUCCACAAAGAUUUAUUGAGAAUUCUCAGAGUGGUUAUAAAAAAAUUCAGCUUUUGAACUUGAAACUAGCGAGAAAUGUGUGCACAAAGGCUGCCUUGUCAGAGAUUACUAAUGAAAGGAAGUAUCCUAAAGUGGGUGCUCCAUCAACUGGGCCUAUAUCAGCUAAUCAGCUUAUUCAAGUAGUUGAAACAGCCGCUAAAACUGGUGCCGAGGUGGUGAUGGAUGCUGUUAAUAAGCCUAGAAAUAUCACGUAUAAAGGACUUACAGACUUGGUGACCGAUACAGACAAAAUGAGUGAGGCAGCUAUAUUAGAAGUUGUUAGAAGGAAUUUUGGAGAUCACCUCAUUCUUGGGGAGGAGGGAGGAAUCAUAGGAGAUACAUUAUCAGAUUAUCUAUGGUGCAUCGAUCCUCUAGAUGGAACCACAAAUUUUGCACAUGGUUAUCCUAGCUUUGCAGUUUCUGUGGGAGUUCUGUUCCGAGGGAAUCCGGCGGCUGCCGCUGUGGUGGAGUUUGUCGGUGGUCCUAUGGCUUGGAAUACACGCACAUUUACUGCAAUUGCUGGUGGAGGAGCAUUCUGUAAUGGCCAAAAAAUUCAUGCAAGCCAAACCGAUCGGGUUGAACAGUCUCUUCUUGUGACUGGCUUCGGAUAUGAACAUGAUGAUCCAUGGGCCACUAACAUAGAACUAUUCAAGGAGUUUACUGAUGUCAGCAGGGGUGUUAGAAGGCUGGGUGCUGCUGCAGUUGACAUGUGCCAUGUAGCUCUAGGGAUUGUAGAAGCAUAUUGGGAAUAUCGUCUUAAGCCUUGGGAUAUGGCUGCUGGUGUUCUGAUAGUUGAAGAGGCUGGUGGGACAGUAUCUCGCAUGGAUGGUGGAAAAUUUUGUGUAUUUGAUAGAUCUGUUUUGGUGUCUAACGGUGUGCUGCAUGCCAAGCUUUUGGAGAGAAUUGCACCUGCAACUGAGAAACUGAAAAGCAAAGGAAUUGAUUUCUCAUUGUGGUAUAAACCAGAAAAUUACCGCACUGAUCUUUGAGAUGACUAGCAUUUAUUCUCAUUUGGAGCUUUGCUGCAGCAAGCAGGUGUUGCAUAUUGGUACCCUAACUUGUUUUUAUUUUCUGAAUUGAUCUUUUAAUAUAGCUUUAUUUAUUUGAUUGUCAUGCACUUAUGUACAAGCUCCUGUCGUGUUACUUGAUAAGCGACAUGGAUGCUUCCUUAUCAUGUACGUUCUUCAAAAAUAAAAGAAUUAGUUUAAUGCA